AUGUCGGAGGUGAAAAUGGAAAGAAAGGAUGGGACGUCCCAGUUCGGCUUGAAUUUUGUCCUGUUAGGAGAAUCAGGUUCAGGAAAAAGUGCAGCAGGAAACACAAUACUGGGACGAGAAGCUUUUAUCUCAGAAAAGAGCCACAAAUCUGUGACUCAAAAUGUUCAGAUUGAACGUGGUCAACUUUAUGGAAUCCCUCUCACUGUUUAUGAUACUCCAGGAUUCUUUAACACAGGACUGAGUGAUGAACAGAUCAGACAGAAAUGUCAGAAUGUUCUCAGCUCAUGUGAAUCAGAAUCAGAAUUCUGUUUGUAUCUUCUGGUCAUAAAGGCAGACAGAUUCACUGCAGCAGAGAGAAGAACUGUGGAGCAGACUGAGGAGCUCUUAGGAGAAGAUCGUCUGAAGAAAACCUGGAUCCUCUUCACCAGGGGAGACGAACUGGAGAAACAAAAUCAGACAAUAGAGAGAUUCAUUAAUCAAACAUAUGAUCUGAAGAAGCUGGUGCAGAAAUAUGAGGACAGAUACCACGUCUUCAACAACAAGAUAAGAGGCUCUGAUGAGCAAGUGAAAGAUCUGAUUGGAAAAGUUCACCAGCAAUGUCUAAAAUCUGUGAAAAUGGAAAGAAAGGAUGAGACGUCCCAGUUCGGCUUGAAUUUUGUCCUGUUAGGAGAAUCAGGUUCAGGAAAAAGUGCAGCAGGAAACACAAUACUGGGACGAGAAGCUUUUAUCUCAGAAAAGAGCCACAAAUCUGUGACUCGAGAUGUUCAGAUUGAACGUGGUCAACUUUAUGGAAUCCCUCUCACUGUUUAUGAUACUCCAGGAUUCUUUAACACAGGACUGAGUGAUAAACAGAUCAGACAGAAAUUUCAGAAUGUUCUCAGCUCAUGUGAAUCAGAAUCAGAAAUCUGUUCGUAUCUUCUGGUCAUAAAGGCAGACAGAUUCACUGCAGCAGAGAGAAGAACUGUGGAGCAGAUUGAGGAGCUCUUAGGAGAAGAUCGUCUGAAGAAAACCUGGAUCCUCUUCACCAGGGGAGACGAACUGGAGGAAGAUAAUCAGACAAUAGAGAGAUUCAUUAAUCAAACAUAUGAUCUGAAGAAGCUGGUGCAGAAAUAUGAGGACAGAUACCACGUCUUCAACAACAAGAUAAGAGGCUCUGAUGAGCAAGUGAAAUUUCUGAUUGGAAAAGUUGUACAGAAAGGUCAACAAUCUGCUACACAUCUGCACAGAAGGAAAGAGAAAACGACAACAGUAAGUUGCAGCAGCAGUUCAGACAGAAGAAUCGUCCUGCUGGGGAAAACUGGUUCUGGCAAAAGUGCAACAGGAAACACCAUCCUGGGAGAGAAACAUUUCUUAUCUAAGCGUAGCAUGAUUUCUGUAUCUAAUAAGAGUGAAGCUUCGAGUGGCCGUGUUGGUGACAGGGAUGUUACAGUGAUUGAUACUUCAGGGCUCUUUGAUACGUCUGUUUCUCGUGAAGAGUUAGUUACAGAGAUAGGAAGAAGUAUCUAUUUAUCCAGUCCAAGACCUCACGCUUUCCUUCUGGUUCUUAAUAUAAUUGACAGAUUCACAAAACAUGAGGAAAUAAUUCAGAAAACUGAAAUGUUAUUUGGAGAUGAAGUGGCGAAAUAUACAAUUAUUCUCUUCACUUAUGGAGAUCUGUUAGAUGAAGAUGAAGAUGUAGAGAAUUGUAUUAGUGAGAAUGAAUCUUUAAGAAAGCUUGUAGAGAAGUGUGGAGGUGGUUAUCACGUCUUCAACAAUAGAGAUACAAAUAACAGAGAGCAGGUCAGUGAGCUGUUAGAGAAGAUCGACAGAAUGGUGGAGAAGAACGGAGGAAGCUGUUACUCCAACGAGAUGUUUGAGGAAGCAGCCAGACUCAAAAAAAAGGUAGAAGAAAUGAUGAUGCAGGAGGUAGAAGAGCGAAAGCAAAGAGAAAAAGAAAAAAGAAAGAGAGAGACAGAAGCAAGAGUUACACAGGAAAAGAAUAGAAUGAGAUCACAGUUAGAAAAGGAAAAAGACCAGAGUGAUUGCUGUAUCCUUUAA